AUGCAGGAGAGCUACGAGAGCGUCAUUUCCUUGGCCGAGGAGAUCGCCAUCAGCUGGCCGCGGAUCACCGCCUUCGCCGAAUCGCACCGGAGACGCGGCCUCGGCGCCGACGCCGCCCCGCCCUCCCCGAGCGACGACGACGCCGAAUCUCGGCCGCCGAACCCUCCGGAAAAACCCGAAAUCCCCGGAACGCCGCCGGCGCCGCCCGACCCCAAAUCCCCUCCGAACCCCUCGGAAAUCCCGAGAGCGGAACCCCGCCGGUGCCAAAAACGCCGCGGAAAAUUCCAGAAGCUCCAAGGCCGCGACUUCCGGUGCCACGACUGCGGCAAAGCUUUGGCGCUGCCGAAACGCCGGCGCGGCGCCGAACGACCUCACGGAUGCCCCGAGUGCGGGAAGAGCUUCAGGUUGAGCUCGAGUUUGGUGACGCACCGGCGCCGGCACGCCGGCGAGAAUCCCUACAAAUGUCCCGAUUGCGGGAAAUCCUUCAGCGUGGGCUCGGCGUUCAUCCAACACCGGCGCGUCCACGGCGGCGCGGCGCCGUGCCGGUGCGGGGUCUGCGGGAAGGUUUUCCCGGCGAGUUCGGGGUUGGUGAAGCACCAGAAGGUUCACUCGGAGGAGAAACCCUACAAGUGCGGCGAUUGCGGCAAAGGGUUCAACUGGAAUUCCCACCUGGAGCGCCACCGGAGGAUCCACACCGGCGAGAAACCCUACGAGUGCGCCGAGUGCGGGAAGAGUUUCUCCUGGAGUUCCCACCUGGAUCGGCAUCGCCGGAUUCACGCCGCGGCGGGAGCGGGCGGGCGCUGCGCCGAGUGCGGGGCGGGAGCGCCAGAACCACCCAAAAAUCCCCAAAAUCCCAAAAUGGCCAAAACUCGCCGGGAAUCGGCGGAGAAACCGCACAAGUGCGGCGAGUGCGGGAAGGGGUUCGGCGCGGCGGCGGCGUUGGCGCAGCACCGGCGCGGCCACGCCGCCGGCAAACCCUACGAGUGCCGGGAGUGCGGGAAAAGCUUUUCCUGGAGUUCCCACCUGGAUCGGCACCAGCGCAUCCACAUGGGGGAGAAACCUUUCGGUUGCGUCGACUGCGGCAAGAGUUUCUCCCAAAGUUCCCAUUUGGAACGGCACCGGAAAAUCCACCGGGAGCCGUGCCGGGAGUGCGGCAAAACCGAAGGGAAAAAAGCGGGGAGAAGCUUCCGGAAGCGGUGCCGGAUUUUGGGGGAGGAGAAAUGCGAGGAGUGCGGGGAAAAUUUGGGUUCGGGGUCGAGUUUGGGGUUGAGUUUGGGGUUGAGUUUGAAGGAUCAAGGCACCCAAACGGGCGAGAAACCCUUCGAGUGCCCGGAGUGCGGCAAAAGCUUCGGGCAGAACUCGGCGCUGGCCAAGCACCGCCGCAUGCACACGGGCGAGAAACCCUACAAAUGCGCCGAGUGCGGCAAAAGUUUCGGCGUCCGCUCCAACCUGGUGAAGCACCAACGCACCCACCUGGGCGAGAAACCCUACAAGUGCCAGGAUUGCUCCAAAGGCUUCAUCCAAAAAUCCGACCUCACCAAGCACCGCCGGAUGCACACCGGCGAGAAACCCUACGCGUGCCGGGAGUGCGGGAAGUGCUUCAGCGUCUCCUCCAACCUCAUCAAGCACCGACGGAUCCACCUGGGCGAGAAACCCUUCCAGUGCUCCGAGUGCGGCAAGAGCUUCAUCCAGCGCUCCGAGCUCACCAUCCACCGGCGCGUCCACACCGGCGAGAAGCCCUACGAGUGCCGCGAGUGCGGGAAGCGCUUCAGCCGCAGCUCGCACCUCAACCGGCACCGCCGCACCCACGGGGUUGAUUGA